AAACACAAAAUGGCGCAGGCAGCUUUUAAAACUUGUGAGAUUUGUGUUUCAAGUCCUGGACAUAACUACUGUCAAGAAUGUGAUCAGUUGUUUUGUGAUGGAUGUAAAAUAUCUCAUUUACGGACAAAGAUGACAAAAAAUCAUACAUUUCAAAGUGGGUCUAACAUUAACCCGGAAGUCAAACAAUACUGUAACGAACAUGAUGAAAACUUUAUAUACUACUGUAAGGAAUGUGAUGCACCAAUAUGUAAAAUAUGUGUCAUUGAAGAUCAUAAAAAACAUGAUUUAUGUGAAAUUAACACAUCAACUGCAAUAAACAAAGCUGAGAUCGAGAGCGAUAUUAAGAUAAAGCUUAACAUAUUAAAAACACAUAUAAUGGGUAUCGAGAAAGGAACACACGCAUAUCACGGCGAUAUCGAUGGAGUCAUGCAUGCCAUAAGAAAAGAAGGCUUUCGGUUGAAAGAGCUUAUUGAUACACAAGUUGAAUAUUUGAUUAGAUCAGCGAAAGAGCAACAAUCAACACAACUUCAAAUCUUACAGUCUAUGGGUGAUGCAUUUAAAACUGAUUUGAGUAAAGUAGAGGAACAGUACAAGAUCUUUCAAAACGCACAACAGAUAACAGAAACGUCAGCAUUGCUUCUAAAACUGAAAGAAAUAAAGUCACAACUUGCUGCAGUAGAAGUAAAGCAGCUUACUGUCAUACCAACGGUAAAAUAUGUAAAAAGUAGAGCACAAAGAAGUGAAAUAAAGAAAAUGAUUGGAGACCUAACAUUCAGUGAAACGGAAAAAAGAGAAGAACCCCCGAAAAAACGUGAAAAUGAUAGAGACACUUCACCAAGAAGACAAUUCAGAUACAAAUGCAAUAAUUGCAGGACGGAAAUUGUUACUAGUAAAGCACCAUUCAAGAUGUAA